AUGUGGGCUCGCUGGCUGACCUUGUUUCUCUUCCAUCCCCUGCCCUCCCUCGGCGUUUACCUCAUGAGGACUCUGCACCGGCUCAAGCUGAUGAGCUCUCCCAGCCUCAGCGAGCUGGGGAAGAGCGAGAAGGGUUCGCCCGAGGACAGAGGGGAGAAGCAGAAGAGGGCUGGAGCCAACGCCACCUGGAACAGGCAUCUGUUGAAGACUGAGCUGGGAUCCUUCUUCACAGAAUACCUUCAGAACCAGCUGCUGACGAAAGGCAUGGUCAUCCUCCGGGACAAAAUAAGGUUCUACGAAGGUCAGAAGCUGCUGGACUCUCUGGCGGAGACCUGGGACUUCUUCUUCUGCGACGUCCUGUCCAUGCUGCAGGCCAUCUUCCACCCGGUUCAGGGUAAGGAGCCCUCCGUCCGACAGCUGGCCCUGCUGCACUUCAGAAACACCAUCGUCCUGAGUGUGAAGUUGGAGGACGCCCUGUCCCGGCCGCGGGCCCGCGUGCCCCCCUCUGUGACGCAGAUGCUGCUCAUUCUACAGGUGGUGUCGCCGUACCUCGGCACGCACGGGCUUUACACCGGAGACGACUCCGAGGACGACUGCUAUGUUCUGGACAAGCGUUUGCCGUGGGGCUGGCCCAAGUCCGCCGACCAGCUGUCGAAAAACCCCGUGGUACGAUCCAAAAGCUACAACAUCCCGCUGCUGCUGACCCCGGUGGCGGAGUUAGACCCCGAUGCCGGCUCGGUGGGCAGCGGAGGAAUUCGCCGUCACUCGGCCUGCGAGAUCAUAUCCUGCCUGGAGGAACAGGGCCUGGCCUACACCGACCUGGCCCCGGGGCCCGAGCUGGGGCGGCUCCAUGGACCUGCCGCUCUCGUCUCCCUCCAUCCUUCAUUCCUCAGGAGCUCUCCACGGCACCGAGGCCACCACAACAAUGACUGAUCUCAGCAAGGGUGCAUCCUCCACACCUCCUAGUGAAUCAUCCAGUCCGGAAACCAUAAUUGGACAAGUGCUAGAGUCUGCCGACUCCAGCGCGGACGGGAUAUUUAUCGAUUUCCCACCUCACUCUUCAGAAUCGAUGGGGCUUGGCUGUGACAGUAGGCAGAGCACUGUGUAACCCCGGCUGUUUUUAGGGAUGCAACCAGAGCACGUACGCAAAUAUUUUGGGAGAAAGUGGACAGAAAUCCUCUGUCUACAUUCUGUUUAAUGGGUACCAUCUUCCUUUUUUCUUUUCUUCUUUUUUUCAUUUUAGUACGAUGGGUUUCUUUUUCUUCCAAGUGCUUUCACUGAGGCUUAAAAAUGCUUUAAGCAGCUAAGAAAAAGGAAGCUUCCAUGUCCAAGGAGACAUGAAGGGGUACUAAUGUUACACAACUGAAGGUUUUUUUUUCCUGAAAAGACCAAAAUUAGUGAGGAGUUAUAUUUGUGAAUGACAUUUUCUCUGUGUCCAAAGCCUAUUCAAUCUAGUUGCUUUUUUGUUACUGCUCUCUCUUUCACUGUCAUCAGUCUUCUUAUUGGUAAUUAAAUGUGUAUUAGUACACAGCUGGUAAUAGCUUAUAAUGUGCGAUUGGCCCAAAUAAUUUUUCUAAGCAUUAGGAAGUUGUCUUAUUUAAAAACUAGUCUAUAUAAAUAAGAGUUGUCUUUUUGUUUAAGUGAAUUGGCUUCAGGCAGUUUUUAAAUGUAUUUAGAAACAAACUGGCAUGUUGUUGGCUUAUUGGUUAUUUCCUGGGAUUUGUUGGCAAUAUUGAAAACAAAAUCAGUAUAGAAUAUUGCCACUACCUUUCGUUUAACCAAGUGAGAAGAAAACAAUUCCUUCACUGAGGAUAGAAAAAAAAAAAAAAGUAAUUUCAAGGUUUUUGCCCAGCGGGAGAUUUUCUCUACUUCUGCUGAAGGGUUGGCCAUAGUAACGCUGCAGGCUUUCCACACCCAUCAUGUUUUAAAAUGCUAUGAAAUUGGUUUGUAUUUGUAGAUUCCGGAGCUUACAAUGGUUCAGUCACUUGUCGGACUGUUUUAAGAGAAAAAUUUUGCAGAGAAGAAGCCAAUGCAGAGAGGAAACGUUGUUUCUCCCUGCAUUGGCUUUGGAGUUUGAGGAAAAUGACAAUGUUCGUAAUGUUUACAUUUGACAAAGACAUGAAAAUUUCGACUGAAUGUUGUCUCACACUGUAUUUUGCACCACCACUAAUAUGUAAAUAAAAGUGCGUUGUUGUUUUGCAGAACAGGUCAAUAUUGUAAAGUGAGCAUUUAUCUAAAAAAAAAAAAAAAAAUUCAAAUUUUGAUAAGGGCUUUUUAACUGAAUCUUUUUCAAUGAUGUUUACCUCAAGCGUUUUGUACUUUUUUGACAAUCCAUGAUGUCUACGGAGUUGUGCUUUGUAUUAAUUUCUUAUGCCGGCCCUGUAAAAAAUAAAUAAAUGCAUUUGAGUAACAUUAAAAAAAAUUGGGUACUUCCUACUUUCAUGCUUUAUUAACGUAUAGAACCUGUAGUCUUUAAAGUGCUUCACGACCAAAAUAAUCUUCAUAACUGAGAUUUCAGCUGGAUCUUGAGAUCUUUAUCAGCAGAAUGUGUGUUGUUUUCCAGG